UUCGAUCGUACGUCGGUUCCGAACGGGACAGGAACGGAUCAUUCUCUGGUUUCACGCGGUGCCGAUCGUCGUUGUCGUGCGUGUCGUCGUAUUUGCUUUGCUUGCGUUUCGAAAGCAGAAAGUGCAGUCCAGUUCCUUUUUUUAACUUUUACUCAGUGAAAAGUUUUCUGACAGGAUAUAUUAUAUAGGGCCGCUGCUCAUUUGACUGGAAACGAGAAAAGCCGAAAAUAAAUUAAUCACAAUGAGUGAUUAAGCGUAAACCCGAUUUUAAGGUGCAACCGUGAAAGUGGCAAAACGAAUAGAACCAGUUUUUCGGUUGAAAUAUGGCUAUAUCCGCAGGCUCCCGGCGAGUGGGCCUGAGGAGUAGCAUUUCCAUGCGACUGAUCCGGAAGUCAUCCCUACCGGGUGUUGCCUAUCUGCUAGUGAUAGUGUUUUAUGUGCUACAAUGCAUUGAUCUUUCUGGAGCAGUGGUUUGCGACCGGACAGCAUGUGACUGCAAAGGGCUAAAGGGAGCACCCGGACAGAUGGGUGCACAUGGCGUUCCGGGUGCAGCCGGUCUUCCCGGCGAAAUAGGAUAUGAUGGCCCACCGGGAUAUCCUGGAGAUCGAGGUGAUAGGGGAGAAAUUGGAUCCAUGGGUGAGAAAGGUUAUAGAGGUGACACAGGCGAACGGGGUCAGGUGGGAUAUCCAGGAAUUUCGGGUUUACCGGGAGACGAUGGACCUCGUGGUCCCAGAGGUAUUGACGGAUGUAAUGGAACGGAUGGUGCGAUGGGUAUUCCCGGUAUACCGGGUUGGCCAGGCGACAGAGGACAACCUGGCCUGCAAGGGCCACUCGGGUACCGUGGUGAUUCAGGAGAAGGAGGUAUAAAUUCAAAAGGAACUAAAGGUGGUAUGGGAGAAACAGGUCUUCCUGGAUUAAGCGGAGCUCCAGGAUUUAAAGGUAAUCGAGGACUUCCAGGAUACGAUGGUAUGACUGGAUUGGAUGGCUUUGAGGGUUUGAAAGGAGAACUUGGUGAUCAAGGAGAUCCUUAUAGUGAAAACUGUCCAGGAGAGCCCGGUGAAGCAGGAGAGCCGAAUUAUUAUUUUACUGGUAAAAAUUCCACAGUGAGUAAAGGUCUACAAGGGCCCAAAGGGGAUCGUGGAAUGGACGGCAUACCUGGAUUCCACGGUAGAAAAGGAGAUGCUGGGUCCUACGGAGAACGUGGCCUGAAGGGUUUCAAAGGAGAAGAAGGAAACGUCGGCGAUCGAGGCAAGCAAGGCAAGGACGGUCCUCCUGGUCCAAAUGGCGAAAAAGGAGAAAAGGGUGCACCUGGUUUUGCUGGCUUGGAUGGAGAAACAGGCGAGAAGGGUGAACCUGGAGAUAAUGGCAUUCCUGGUGUUCCUGGAAUUCAAGGUAUUCGUGGACCUCCCGGUCUUUACGAUCCCAAUUUGGCCCCGAUUAUAAUUGGACCAGUAGGGCCGCAAGGUGAUGUGGGCCCACCAGGAAAUCAAGGUCUUGGAGGAAUACCAGGAAAUCCAGGAAAAAGAGGUUUAAUGGGAUUACAGGGAUCUCCUGGAGAUCCUGGAACUGAUGGUGCGAUAGGUAGAAAGGGAACAACUAUUGGAGGACAGCGCGGUGAUGACGGUGAAAGUGGUCCAAGAGGUCCUAUAGGAUCUAGAGGUAUCCAGGGUCCGGCUGGAUUGCACGGCCAAAAAGGGUAUCCCGGAAGAAAUAUUACUGGCCAUAAAGGAGAAUCAGGUUUACCCGGUUUAAACGGAGAGUUUGGCGAUAAGGGCGAACAAGGAGAAAUCGGCGAAAUUGGCGAUAAAGGUUAUCCGGGAAUUGGAUAUAACAUUACUGGCCCCCCUGGUCCAGACGGUAUUCCAGGACUUCCAGGACCUCUUGGUGACAUGGGAUGGAACGCAUAUAGCGGAGUAAAAGGAGAUAAAGGAUUCAGGGGCGAAGACUGUGGAGUUUGUGCACCCGGCCCGAAUGGACUUAAAGGAGAAGCUGGUGAUAUUGGACGGCCAGGUUGGAAUGGUGUUGACGGAAAUCGAGGUCUACCGGGUCCUAGAGGUUUAAAAGGUCAAUCUGGUAAAGCCGGACUACAGGGAAUUCAAGGAUUGAAAGGUAUUUCGGGAGAAGACGGUGAACCAGGCCGACCGGGAGCAAAAGGAGCGAAAGGAUUGGAAAUAUAUGAAGGUAGUCAAGUUAGUAAUCCUGGCGACAAGGGUGAUAUAGGUUAUCGAGGCCCUCAGGGCCUGCAGGGAGAAAAUGGUUUCUUCGGCGCUCCUGGCGAAGUUGGAAAUCUUGGCGAAGCUGGUCCGUUCGGAGAUGAUGGAAAUCCUGGAUACAGAGGACGAGAUGGUGAACCAGGUAGGCCGGGUCGGGAUGGAGCACAUGGUCGCAAUGCAGUCUUUAAUUCGUACACAAUGUGGUCAUUGAGUGGAACAUCAGGAGCCCCCGGUGACAAUGGUUACAAAGGUGAACGAGGCGAUCAAGGUGAUCGAGGUGAACCGGGUGCGAUUGCUGAAAUGGACUACAAGAUUAUAGGAGACCGAGGCCCUAGAGGAGAAUUCGGUGAUGAAGGACCACGCGGCGAGAAAGGUUAUCGAGGGGAAGUUGGAGACGAAGGUUUCAAAGGUCCAGAUGGAGCACCUGGACCGCCCGGAUUCAGUAUUGAAGGCCCCGUAGGAUAUAAAGGCUAUUUCGGCAUGAUCGGGGAUCAUGGAUUACAAGGGGAAGAAGGUUUUCCUGGUGUACAUGGAAUUGAUGGACCACCUGGGCUACAUGGUUUGAAGGGUUCGCGUGGUGAUCCUGGACGUGCAGUUCUGUUUGGUGAAAUGGGUGAAGAAGGUGAGGCAGGAUAUUUCGGAGAGUUUGGAGAUAAAGGAUUCAGAGGUCCAGAAGGCUACCGAGGACAACCUGGUCUAGUUGGACCGAAAGGUGAAAAGGGAGAUGAUGGUAUGAUGGGACGAAUCGGCCUUCCCGGUAACAAAGGUAUGGUUGGAGAUAUAAUUUAUGGUGUUCGAGGGGCACCUGGUGCUCCUGGAAAAUCUGGUAUUACUGCUCCGUACGGAGAUAAAGGUGAACGUGGAGAACCUGGCUUCGAAGGUCCACAAGGCCCGAAAGGAGAAAUCGGUGACACUGGACGGGACGGUUUUCCCGGACUUUCUGGAGACGAUGGCGAACCUGGUGAAGCUGGUCUACAAGGCAGUCAUGGGUACAUGGGUGAAGAAGGUUAUCAAGGUGAACGUGGAGAAUCAGGAGACCAAGGUAAUAUCGGCCUAACGGGACGACGCGGAUACCCAGGGUUGAGAGGUGAAAAAGGCGAACAAGGUGACAUUGGCGACUUCGGAUAUCCCGGAAAGGUUGGUUGGAAUGGAACAAAAGGAGAGCGUGGUGACGUAGGUUUCCCAGGCGCACCUGGUUUGAAAGGUUUUGCUUCCUUUAGUGGACAUAAAGGCGAGGUUGGUGUGUAUGGUUUGCAUGGACCACCCGGGUUAGAUGGCAUGGUUGGAUUACCAGGUUCAAAAGGCGAAGAAGGAGAUGCUGGUAUCGUGAUCGAUGGUUACCCAGGAGUCAAAGGGCCUAAAGGUGCUCCUGGGUUUAACGGACUCCCUGGUCGACCCGGUUUUAAAGGUGAACGUGGUGACGAAGGAACAUUAGGAUCAAAAGGUAUUCAGGGAGACAAAGGCAGGGAUGGUUAUCCAGGUAUUCCCGGUAGACGAGGCAAAGACGGUGCACGAGGAUUGAUGGGACUUCGAGGAUUAUCUGGCAGUAAAGGUGAGCAAGGUGAGGAGGGAGAAGAAGGUUUCUACGGAUAUGUUGGAGAAAAGGGUGAACGAGGGGAUAUUGGACGUAUAGGGUUAUCUGGGCUUCAAGGUAUAUCUGGAGAGAAGGGAUUCCCUGGUUUACCAGGCGAGUUGAUAUUCAAACCACCGCAGAAAGGAGAUUGGGGAGAACCUGGUUUCCAAGGCCUAGAGGGAAUGCCUGGAUUACCUGGCUUAAAAGGACGUCCCGGUUACCCAGGAGAAAAAGGAGAUCUAGGACCACGAGGAGAGCCUGGUUUCUCCGGAAGAAAUGGCUUAGACGGACUGAAAGGUCAACGUGGAGAACCUGGCUACCAAGGCCCACGUGGUACACUUGUUACUCGGCCAGAGCCAGGUGACGAAGGAGAACCUGGUUAUGAUGGUUUUCCGGGCCGUCCAGGAGUAAGCGGGAAUAAAGGAGCUCCCGGCGACUAUGGUGAUGAUGGCCAGUUAGGACCGCGUGGAAUGGUUGGAAUGGUUAGUGGUGCGUUUAAAGGAAUCAAAGGCGAAGUUGGAUUUGAAGGUGCACCAGGGCUAGAUGGAUUGCCUGGAUUGUCCGGGCUUCAAGGUCCUAUGGGUUCGUUUGGCGAUAAGGGACUCCCUGGCAGUAUUGGAUUCUCAAUACGCGGCAUUAAAGGAGAAGUUGGAAUGGAUGGAUUGAUUGGUUUAGAUGGAAUGCCAGGACCGCUAGGUUUUCCAGGAGAAAUAGGGCCAGUCGGUCGCCCGGGAUCUCGAGGAUUGACAGGAUUAAAAGGUGAAAUUGGUGAAGCGGGCGAAGAGGGUUAUUUUGGACGUCUUGGGUUGAAAGGAGUGAAAGGCGAACGGGGAGACCCUAUCCAGUUGGAUAAUUGGAGACCGAACCAGCCGGGCGAACGAGGUGUACAAGGAAAUAAAGGAGCUGUAGGUGACGAAGGUGACAUGGGAUUGCCAGGUUAUCCAGGUCUGCUAGGAAUGAAGGGUGAGAGAGGGUUACCAGGACUUCAAGGAGAAGAAGGACAAAUGGGUUUCAAGGGUGAGAUUGGAUUCCAAGGAGCUCCGGGACGUGAUGGGCUGGACGGGUAUCCAGGAAUUCGGGGAGCGAUCGGUGAUCCAGCACCACCACCUCCACCUGCUAAAAGUCGGGGUUUCAUAUUUACGAAGCAUUCCCAGACUGUGCACAUUCCAGAAUGCCCCUUGAAUACAGUUAAACUGUGGGAUGGAUACUCUCUAGUGAGUGUUAUCGGAAGUAGUAGGACAGUUGGGCAGGAUCUGGGAAGUGCAGGCUCUUGCCUACGAAAAUUCAGUACAAUGCCUUAUCUGUUUUGCGAUAUAAACAACGUUUGCAAUUAUGCAGCGAAUAACGAUGACAGCGUUUGGUUAGCGUCUCCGGAGCCCAUGCCAAUGUCUAUGGCACCGAUGAAGGCACGUGAAGUGGAGAAGUACAUUUCCAGAUGUUCCGUUUGCGAAACAUCGACACGUAUCAUAGCCAUUCACAGUCAAACGAUGUCGAUUCCAGAUUGUCCUGGUGGUUGGGAAGAAUUAUGGAUCGGAUACAGUUACGUGAUGCAUACAACGGAUAACAGCGGCGGAUUUGGUAUGGACUUGAUUUCACCGGGAUCUUGCUUGGAAGAAUUCCGUGCACAACCUGUUAUCGAGUGUCAUGGUCAUGGCACAUGUAACUUCUACGAUGGCAUCACAUCCUUUUGGUUGACUAUCAUUGAGGACGGUGAAGAAUUCUACAAACCCGAGCAACAGACGCUUAAAGCUGAUCACACCAGCAAGAUUAGCAGAUGCAUAGUCUGUCGCCGUAAGGCUGGAUUCCUGAGAGCACUUUCGGAUGGAGCGGUCAGUGCUUCGGCUCUUCGACGGCCUAACAUUGCAACCGUUCAGAAACCGUACUAUCCACCGCCGCCGCCGCAACCGCCGCGAAGACGAACUCGGCCUGGCGGACGACCACGAAACCGUCAAUAUAGAAAUUAGAUAACAUAAUAAAUAACCGUGACGUUUCAUUCUUUGCAUGAUUGUAACUAAAUGUGCUGCCAAUAUAGACAAAAAUUUGAUUCUACGAAAUCUAUGCCCAGUUUUUAGUAAAGUCAGCCAGGCAUUUUUGGAGACGGCGCUAGCUGAAUAAUUUGCCGUGUAUUAAAUACGAAUAACCAGUACGUCUGAAGUCUAGUUUCUAAGAAAACACCAAAAAUCAAGGGAAAAUAGUACGUUUUCACAAAGUAUGUGUAUACCAGUGUAAGCUAUUGACGAGUAAAGUUAAUAUUUUUUAUAACUGCCGAAAAUGUAAUUUAAUGUAAAAAGCCAUUCUCGAUUUGUAUCUGCCUUCUACUUAUUUCAGUAGUGCUCGUUUCAAAGCUAGUUACUAAAAUUGUAAAUGUAAAAAAAAGUUCAAUAAAUUUU